AUGGCGUCGCAAGUGCCUACCCAGGCUAACAUUCAGUCUACUCACCCUUUCACAUGUAACACAUGUCAGGUCGCCUUCCGAUCGAGCGAGUUGCAGCGGGCGCACAUGCAAACCGACUGGCACCGCUACAACCUCAAGCGUCGCGUUGCCUCCCUCCCACCCCUCUCCUCCGAAAUCUUCACCGAGAAGGUCCUCGCGAACAAGGCCACCGCUGCCGCCACUGCCGCCAAGGCCUCGUUUGAGAAGUUGUGCACACCAUGCCAGAAGACGUACUUCAGCGAGAAUGCCUACAACAACCACCUCAAUAGCUCAAAGCAUCGCAUCAACAUGGCCAAGUCGGGCAGCGGCGCGCAACUAGACGACGCUGCCUCUGUCACUGGCUCCAUGGUCAGCUCUGCCUUUUCCCUGGGCGAGUCCAUGGCUGAGUCGGAAGUCACCACCGUCAACGGUGAUGCAGACAAGGAUGUUUCAGAUGUCGUCGAUGGUCUGAAGAAUGCGAGCCUCGAGAGCGCCGAGAAAACUGGCGAUGAGUCCGUCGCUACCGAGGACGACAAGAGCUCUGUCGCCGCAUCCAACAAGCCUGCCAGCGAUCCCCUGCUAGAUUGCCUGUUCUGCAACUACAAGUCGCCCAGUUUCCAACUCAACAUUACACACAUGGGACGCUUCCACGGCAUGUUCAUACCCGAGAAGGAGUUUCUUGCUCAGCCUGAGGAGCUUAUCAAGCAUCUCCAUGAAAAGGUCCAUGCCUAUCACGAGUGCCUCAAGUGUCACAAGGUUCUUCACACUGCCUCCGGCAUCCAAACCCAUAUGCGCGAUCGCGGUCACUGCAUGAUUGCGUUUGACUCAGAUAUUGAGUUGGUUGAAAUUGGCGAGUUCUACGACUUCCGCAGCUCCUACCCUGACGCUGCCGAUUUCGAUGAGAUGGCAGAGGACGCUGAAGGUUCAGACGACUCUAGCUCCACAACAGGAGGCGGAAUUAAGCUUGGCGCUAGGCGCGAGACCAAGACUACUACAGAAGAUGACGCAGCCAUGUCGAGCAACGCCGAGGAGGAGGAUGCGGGCUGGGAAACCGACAGCACUGUAUCGAGCGUACCUACGGAUGAGAUCACAGCUGUACCUAUCGACCGCAGCCACCGACACAAAUCACUCAACAAGUCCAAGCACCACAGCCACGCGGAUCCGCGUCCACACCGCGCUGCAGACGGCUUCCACUCCCAUGCUCAUCACACUCCACAAGCCGUCUACCACGACGAAUACGAGCUUCACCUUCCAUCAGGUCGCACCGCUGGUCACCGCUCACUGAACAAGUACUACCGCCAGAACCUGCGAAACUACCCAGGUGUGGCUGAGCGCAUGGAGGAGGCUCAACGUGCCCGGAUACCUGGCGCUAUCACAGCUGGAGGUGAGGAUGAUGAUGAUGAUGAAGAUGAGGAUGGUGACGCCAACAUGGACGGCGAAGAGGGCAGCCAGCUACAAGUCCGUGGACGUGGUCAUGAUCAGGACCGGCAGCUCAUUUCGCGCGCCAAUGGUGGCCGCGGUAUGGUCGGUGUCACCGAUGCCAAGAAGAAGGAGAUCCAGGCCAUCGAGAAGCGUGACCGGAAGAAGGAGCAAAACGCUCGCAGCCGCUACCAGGCUGGUAACGAGAAGCGCCACAACUUCCAGAAGCACUUCCGCGAUCCUCUUCUGCAAUAG